ACACAAAGCGUUUCCUCUCUCACCAACAACUCUCUCCCUCUCUACAUUUGAUUGCUUUGGUUUAGUUACUAGCUACUUAUUCCAUCUACAUUUUUUUCAUGGAAAAAUCCCCAGAGACGGAGCACCCAGUGAAGGCCUUUGGAUGGGCAGCUAGAGAUUCCUCUGGAGUCCUCUCUCCAUUCAAAUUCUCCAGAAGGGCCACUGGAGAGAAAGAUGUGAAAUUCAAGGUGUUGUAUUGUGGGAUCUGUCACUCUGAUCUUCACUUUCUCAAGAACGAAUGGGGAUUCUCUAUGUAUCCUCUCCUCCCAGGGCAUGAGCUUGUGGGCAUAGUUACUGAGGUGGGUAGUAAGGUACAGAAGUUCAAAGUUGGAGACAAAGUUGGUGUGGGUUGUUUGAUCGGAACAUGCCGCUCAUGCGACAACUGUGCCAAUGAUCUCGAGAGUUACUGUCCUGAAAUGGUACUCACUUACAGCACCACUUACUAUGAUGGAACAGUCACGUAUGGUGGUUACUCUGAUAUCAUGGUUACUGACGAACACUUCGUGCUUCACUGGCCGGACAGCCUGCCUCUCGAUGCUGGUGCUCCUCUCCUGUGUGCCGGGAUCACGACUUACAGCCCCCUGAGAUAUUUUGGACUUGACAAGCCAGGUAAACAUGUGGGCGUGGUAGGUCUAGGAGGUCUCGGCCACGUAGCUGUGAAGUUUGCAAAGGCUUUUGGGGCUGAGGUGACGGUCAUCAGUACAUCCCCUAACAAGAAAAAAGAAGCCGUUGAACAGCUAGGGGCCGAUGCAUUUCUGGUUAGCCGAGACUCGGAUCAGAUGCAGGCUGCUAUGGGCACAAUGGAUGGUAUCAUUGAUACUGUUUCUGCGGAUCACUCUAUUUUACCGUUGAUUGGACUUUUGAAGUCGAAUGGAACGUUGGUCUUGGUUGGUGCACCACCGAAACCACUUGAGCUACCAGUGAUGCCUUUGCUUAUGGGGAGAAAGAUUGUAGCUGGUAGUAGCACUGGGGGGAUAAAAGAAACGCAAGAGAUGCUCGACUUUGCAGCAGAACACAACGUAACGGCUGAUGUUGAGGUCAUUCCAAUGGACUAUGUGAACACUGCUAUGGAUCGUCUUGAAAAAGCUGAUGUUAGAUACCGUUUUGUCAUCGACAUUGGCAACACUUUGAAAGCUCCUUUGUCCUAGACAUGUAGCUCCUGAAUUUUUUUUUUUUCUUCUGAAGAUGUUUCAUGGUCAGACAACGGAUGGAUGUUAGUAUCUAUGUUUGUAUAUGGUCAUCUUCUAUUGUUGGUCUCUCAAUAAAUCUGCAGUGUCAGAUUUCAUUUGGAACAAAUUCGGUUUUGUCUA